UAUUUCGUUCACUGUAAACCAAGAACAAUUUGUCAAAGUCAAUAGACAUUACGAAAAAAAAAUUAUCAUCAAAAUACUUGGUUGAGUCUUGACGGUGUUCGUGUUGCAUAAUAUUUUUGAAUCUAAAAUAGAUAUUUGUCGUUCAGUGACAAAAUAAUGAUGACUUCAAUUGCGAAAUUUUUCAAAGCUGCCCUAAUCCCAAGCGUUAAAGCUCAAGAAGAUGUAAUUAAUCCACAAGAAGUCCUCAAGGAACAAUGUGGACAAAAGCCCAAAAUAGCAGCAUACUACGAAAAAUUGCAAACAUGCACCGAUCGGGUUAAUUCAAGAACAAAAACCGAAGAGACUUGCGCCGAGGAGCUUUUCGAUUAUAUGGAUGCAUUGAAUAACUGUGUAGGCGAAACACUAUUCUCUAAAUUAAAAUAAAAACUUAAUUGAUUCAACUUUUAAAUAAGGCAAAAAGGGUUCAAAUCUCUUUUGUCCAAUCAAUCCACAAUUAACUAGAGAAAUGAAAAUUGUAAAAUCGAUGAGUUAUUUAAAUAAAUAGAACUGUAUGUAAAACAAAAAAGAG